CUCGGCGAUGUGAAGCUCCAGCCUUCGCUCCGGCCGCUGAAUCGCCCCCAUGGUGCCAUGGCGGAGCCGCUGUUGCUGCUGCUCCGCGUUGUGUGCCGCUUAUGGGAUGCCCCCAGCGUGGCCAUCGUAGUCUGGACCUUGGUGGCCGUCAGCAGCUUUGCGGUGUUGAUCCAACACCAACGCCUGGUCGAGGCCUCUCAUGAGGACUGGGCUCAUCCGUCUCUCGCAGGCCGGGCCAUGCUUCGUGUGAGCUCCACUUCCAGGCGGGUGUUCGACACACGGAACCGGAAGAGCGGUUUUGACCUCGCCAUUGGACCGGAUGACCUCCAUGGUACCUCUUCAGUGGUACCUCGUGCUGUGACUUUGAAGUACCCGGAGUCCAAAGCCCAACUUCACGGAGGCCGAACUCAAGGCGGCUCGGUUCGCCUUGGUGGCACAAAUCAAGAUCGUCGACAACAUCUUGAAGCAUCCAAAGGAAGAGAUGUACCAUCAGAUCUGGCGCGAGAACCCGGUCUUUCAGAAGGCCAUGGUGGAGAGUGGCCACGAGCAAGACAUGCGAGGUCUUCACUUCGAGCUCUUGCUAAACGGGCAGGUCUGGGCCUAUGAUGACACCGCGACGAACCUCCGUUCGUUGAAGGGACAGCUCAAUGAGCUUCAGAGACGUCUCAAGAAGUUGCGAGAAAAUGGCGCCCAAA